CAGGCUGCUGUCUCUCCGCCCUACAUGGGACGGUCGUGUACGCAGCACUUUCUGCUGUAGUUUUACUUUUUGGAAUAAACCUGAACCACAUUUCCAUCCACGUGCUCCCGGACCGGAUGCCUGCAAAUACAACUGAAUGGGGUUUCGUUUUGGUGGCGCCAGAAACAGUUUACAUGUGAUGUUCACGGCUCAGAUGGACAUAACGCUGUCAACUCUCUGAACAUGACUGAUGGGUAACUAUACACGCAGCAUGCUCACCUAGUAGGCCUGUAUUCAGGUCAAGGAGUUUGUGAAAUUUAGCCCCCCAUAAAUGACUUUUUAAGGUAGAUAAUUUGGUUGCGCUUUUGUCUGGAGAAACAGCCUGUCCCAUGCGCGCGCCUCGCCCCCAGGCUACACUCUGCCCGGAGGACAGUGCCCUAGGCUCGGGGGUUAGAUGGUUCUGAUCACGGACGACAGGGAUGGAGGAGGCUCUUCGUCCGUCCGGCUCAAGCACCUCCAGCAGCGGCAGAAAGUCGGGGGAAACACCACCCAGGUCCACCCGACCAUAGUCGAGGAGCCGCUGUCACACUGUGAUGGUGAGGACUACCUGGACUCGUGCGAGGAGGAGCAUGAAGAGGACGAUGGUUCGGAGGACGAUGAAGAUGAGUUUGAAGAAGUUGACUUUGAAAACUUGGAGGACUGUCGGAGUAUCGUAUCGGACGACUCUUUCUACCCGCCGGAUGACGUGUUCGCGGACUCGGAAAGCACCCCCUCUCCGGAAAACCCGGAGCCGCUGUCUUUCUUCCAGGCGUGCUGCACCAACAACGCUGCUAUCGUCCGGAUAAUGAUAAGGCACGGGGUGAAGGAGGAGGUCAACGAGAAGGACAGGAAUAACAGGACGGGGCUGCUGGUUGCAUGUUACCAAGGUUUUGUGGACGUGGUCAUAGCGCUGUCUCAGUGUCCACAUCUGGACGUCAACUGGCAGGACAGCGAGGGAAACACGGCUCUCAUCACUGCCGCUCAAGCAGGUCACAUUACCAUCACCAACUAUCUGCUGAACUACUUCGCCGGGUUGGACAUCGAGAGGAGAAACUGCCACGGCUACACGGCCCUGAUGAAAGCUGCCAUGCAGGGCCGGGUGGAAUGUGUGCGCUCGCUCAUGAUGGCAGGAUCUGCCUUGAAUGCCAGGGACUUCGGUCGCCACUUCAAUGCCAGGGAGUGGGCCUUCUUCACGGGUCGUUAUGAAACCGCCUGGGUGAUAUCACGCCUGAUGGAACGGCCCUGCCCUCGCCAGUACUGUGAGAGCUACAGUCUAGAGUGGGCCCCUCUGGCAUCGCUGGUGUCCAAAUCCCUGGAGCCCCGUGGCUGUCUGAAGCGCCUGUCGGACACGGUGCGGAGCGUCUUCCACUUGGCCAAUGUCACCAACCCUGAGGAGGAAGGAGUUAUCGACCACAUGGUUUCCAUCACCACUGCCAUGAGGAGCCCUUUCAUCGCUGUGGCAUGCCACACCGUGUGUCCUGAUAGCCCCCCUGCUGUGGGCAAACGGAGCUACUCAGUUCCUGAUGUUAUCCGCCGGCAGCGCGCCAAGGAGCUCCGCUCCAUCAACCCUGACAGGGUGGAGAGCCACCUCAAGCUCUUCCAGAACUCCAGGGUCACUCUGGUGGCCAAAAACUCAGCAGACCGCCGGGCCAGCCUCCAGGCCCAGAACCUGAUGCCUCGACACAGGAGCUCCAGCCUGUCCAUGGUGGAUAAUAACGAAGCCCUGGAGCUGCGGAGAACCAGCCUGCUGCCCCUGCACAUGGUGCUGAGGAGGAGCAGCGUCAGGCCGGGGUUCAGUAUCCCCAAGGUGAGGGUGACCAAGGCCCCACCACCUACUUAUGCACCAGAAAAGAUCCGGAGGAAGAGCAGCGCCAAAGAUGGAGGGGGUCACUUGCUACAAAUACCAAAGUGGCGGUACAAGGAGCUGAAAGAGGAGAGAAAGAAAGCCGAGGAGGCCGAAAGGAGGAGGCUGGAGGCUGUGACCAAGAGACACCUUGCUGCUGGGAAAAGGAAAUAAUAUAUUUGCUUUGGAAGAAGCCAUUUACACAAAGUCCAGACAGACUUGCAGGUUUUUUGGCUUUAAUGUUUUUUUCUAGAAUAUAUGAAUUACCAGCAGUGUUCCUAAGAGGGGCAGAAGACUGAAUGCUGCUUUUGUCUGCUCAGUUUGGCCUCUUAAAAAUAGCAGCUUUACAGCAUGAGACAUGCACAAUGCUCAGUGUCCUUCAUGAGGUCACACAGUGAAUACCCAGGGGAUUUGAUACUUGAAAUGCUUUUGGUUAACUUAUUUUUCAUAUUUAUUGCAUUGAGGUGGAUGGUCUAUGUUUUGAUACACUCCGAGUGCUCCCUGCAGUAUUUUUGUACCGUGUUACGCUGUAGUCAAACACUUUAUAUACCGUAUCAAAAUUGGAAGCAAUUUAUUCAAGAUGUUUGGAGAUAACGUCUUUAAAAUACUAAGAGUGCUAAAGGGUGCGUCAUAUUGACUGAAAAGCUAAACAUAAACUGAUAUAAAUUCUAAUGGCAUUUGAAAGCAAUAUUUUAAGACGCUUUUUGUUUUGCUUUAUAUGAAAACCCAUGAAUGUAUUACGCAUAUAUUUUAUAUUAGAGACUUUAACGCUUUUUAAUGACAAGCCUUUUUUAUUUUGUAAAUCAGAAUGAAAAAAAUGUUCAAUAUAAAAAGCUUUUUUAGUCUUAAGAUUCAGGACCAAUACUGAACUGUGGAGCACUAUUGUGAUGUAAUCUGACCAUGUGGGAGGAGAGGGAACGGUUUACACGUGUUUACAUUACGAUCCACAUUCAUCAGGUUGAAUGCGACUCUUAAGAUGGAUUGGUGUACACAGGGUACGAAUGAUGGUAACCAAAUAAACUGCUAACUUAGGAAGUGAUGGAGCCAAAUACUGAUGCGUCAUUGCUGUAUGCCUCAGCCACGUUUUACUCCUUGAUUUAAUUUACAAUCUCAGCAUUAGGGGGAUUUGUUUAACAUCGAGAGAAGGGUUCAGACAAUGUGACACUACAAGCAGGAUUGAAGUGAUAAUCUCUAACAAAUGGACACUUCUGAUGCAAAGUAAUUAUUAUGGAGCACGAGGUCAGCUCUAUUUUAGCAUUAAAACAGUCAAAAUAAUGGGGCAAAAAAUAGCUGUGAGUUUCAAACAUCCAGAGCCACGGGAAGAGCAAGGAUAAUACAUUGUCGGGAUUUUUUAGAACACAAUUUCACGGUCCUAACUCCUCAUGGCGAUUGCAGCUUAAGUGCCAGCCCAGAGUGUGUGUCUAAUAUACAUGGUGAUGAGUUGCUAAGGGGUUAGAAGGGCAGUGUGCAGCCAAAUCACUUCUUCAAAUAAACUUCAUUGACUUCAGAAUGGCAAUCUGCUUGGAUACUCCCCAGAGGAGGUCAUUUGAACACGACAAAAGAGGAGCAGCGAGUUGUGCACUCAAACUCUGACUGUAGCCGGAUUAACAUAUUUAACAUCAACAUAAGAAAAUGUUUCAUAGGAAAGAGGCUUUUUGCUGGCAGUGCAGUAUCACAGCCCACAAUGUCUACAGUGUGCAGUUUGUUCUGAGGGAUUCUCAGUUUGCUGACCAUGAAUAAAAACUACAUUUAUUUUCAA